CACGAAUUUAUUUCAUUUAUCAAGUUGAUUUAUUCCUAAGCACAGUGCAUUCCAAAGUCGUAGAGUCGUAGCAAAAAACAACAACAUUUUAUCUCAUUGUUUUAUUUUAGUUUAAUGAAAAUUUGAAAUUAUCGCAUUCUAAAGAAUGGAGUUAGCUAGUGUUCUAAAAGCAAUGAUGCUUUUCAUGUUCAAUCCGAAAUCAGACCAUCCUCCAAUUUCCAAUCACUUGAACAGUUUUGAUGCAUCAACUGAAUCGACGUCUAUAAGUUCAUCAUCAACACCGGCCAUUGAGAUUCAACACCAAGAUGAUGUGCAAAUUAUCGAUGGGAACAAUAAAAAAAUGUAUGAAGAGACAACCGCACUGGUGCCAUAUGAUUUUGACUGUGCAAUGCCAUAUCCACCGUCUGUGAUCGAACGUCCAACGCCACCAAUGAUACCGAGCUCAAAAACGUUUGAAGAAAAUUCACGAAGCGUUGACCGUCCUCAUGCAAAAGCAUCAUUCACCGUUCCAAUUCAUAUUGUUCAUCGAUUACCUGAUUCAGCAAUUUUAGAUUUACAAAGAUUCGAAGAUUAUUGCGAAAGUAAAAUUCUUGAUUGCUACCAUGCCAUUCGAGAUUUCAACAAUUAUAACUAUGAAAAGAAUCAAGAGAUUCAGUAUCUUUCGUAUACAGAUAAAAGAAAACAAGAAAUCAUUCAGCAAUCGCAAGAGAAAAAAACAGCGAUUGAAGCCGCACAAAAUAAAAUGCAUCAAGUGUGUAGCCGGGCCGAACGGUAUCGUGAACAAAUUACAACGACAUUGAAUCCAUACAUGCAAACGUUCUCAUCAUUCUUCGCACAACCAAAACGUGUGCCCAAACUGUGGUAUGAUAUCCAUAAUUUGGAGACAAUUAUCCAACAACUAUUCACGCCAAAGCUAAAAUGUCGCAUGCAUUACGUUGAAAAAACAAAAGAACUUCGCAUGAGCCGUCAGCCGAUGAACGAUACAGACCGAAAAGAGUUUAUACCAUUGCCAAAAGAAUAUAUCAAUAGCCGAGAUGGCAAUGAUGCUGAAACGGUGAAUGGUGCAAAUUUAAUUAUGGAAUACAAUCAUCCAGACACUGAUAUUCAAAUUAAAAAAUCAUCAACCACCGACCAAUUCAAUAGCAAUGUUUUACAACAGCACACGUACUCAACCAAUGAAGAAAUUCAACAAAUCAUCAUUUACUAUGUUUUCAAAUUCUAUGAGCUCAAGGUUCGAGAUGGCACUCGAAAGGUGUUCCAUUAUACGCGAUUGUUGAAACAAAAAAAGAGAUCAAGCGCAACCAAAGAGCAAAUCAGCAACGUUGAAGAUCAAUUGGCCGAAGCUAUCAAAGAAUUGCAAUCGGAUACCAUUGAGAUGGAGAGAAAUCGUGUCACGCCCGAAUUAAUUGGAUUGUACAAUGCGGAAAAUGAAGCAAAAGAUUUAUUGCCAGACACAAAAUUCAUCACUAAAUUAAUUGGACCAACCAAUAAACGAGUAAUAACCGCUUUCAAUCCAAGCGAAUCGAUUCUUUUCAAUGCUUUAGAUGGUGCCAAAAUAGAUUUGAUUGCGGACGAAUCCAAUACCAAAAAUUUAGCCAAAGUAUCGGCGAGUCAAAGUCAAAGCGAUCGUGAGGAUCUCAAGGAACCAUUAUUUUGGGAUCAAAACUGGCAGUGGGACUUUUGAUAAUAAUAUUUUAAAAAAAUAUAUCAAAAGCCCGUGCAAUAUUGUUUCUCCAUAGGAGUCAAGAAUGUAUAAUUCACAUUUUUGGAAAUUGUCAAUUUUAUUUGAAAUAAAAUUCACCAAUCAACGGAAAUCAUAA